AUGCCCAAGGCAGCAACAACAACAUUUCUUGCAACCCUGAACGAGAUUCUCAACGCUCUUCCGAUCGCCAAAGAUGCACCUUUCAACGCAUACCAGCGGCAACAUGACCCAACCUGCUUGCCUAACACCCGUGUCGACCUCCUCCGCAAGAUAAACGACUGGGUGGACGGAAAAGACUCGCCAAGCAUCUUCUGGUUGAGCGGUCUAGCUGGCACCGGAAAAUCCACGAUAGCGCAGACGGUGGCCACGCAAUACAACAUGAAGAGUCGACUUGCUGCAAGCUUCUUCUUCUCACGGGCGGGCGGAGAUGUAAGCCACGCAGGAAAGUUCAUCACCAGCAUUGCAUUCCAGAUUGCGAAUAGUAUACCAGGUUUGAAGCGUAAGGUCUGUGAGGCGAUAGCAAAACACAACAGUAUUGCAAAUCUAUCCCUCUUCGAUCAGUGGCAAGAGCUGGUGAUUGUUCCACUGUUGAAUCUUGAGGAACAGGAUUGCCGAUCAAGCUAUGUUAUUGUUGUCGAUGCACUUGAUGAGUGCGACGGCCAGGACAACAUUCAAAUCAUACUGCAGUGUCUAGCUGAAGUGCGCUCAUUACAGAGUACUCCAGUGCGCGUGCUCUUGACGAGCAGGUCUGAGAUUCCCAUCCAGCACGGAUUUAUUCGAGUGCGAAGAGACGAUCACCAGGACUUUGUGCUUCAUGACAUCGACCCCGCAAUUGUCGAGCAUGAUAUUUCAAUAUUCCUGAAACACAAGCUUGAAUUCACUAGAGAUAAGUAUAGGCUCGGCAAUGAAUGGCCAGCGGAAAGGGACAUCAGAGGACUGGUAGAGAGGUCGGGUGGUCUCUUCAUCUGGGCUGCGACAGCUUGGCGGUUCAUUGAUGAAGACAGCCAGCUUGCAGAGACACGAAUACUUUCGCUAAUCCACCAAGUCAACGGCACGCUUCCUCCAGAGCGCAAGCUUGAUGAGAUCUAUACCACUGUCCUUGCCAACUCUGGUCAUGGAAAUUACAACGAAGCAGAAAGCCAGACGCUGCACACGCUGUUCCGCGAAAUAGUUGGACCAAUCGUCACGUUGCAAGAUCCGCUAUCUAUCGAUAAUCUUGCAGAGCUGCUCGGGAAAGAUGUCGCAGUCUUGAGAAGGACUGUAGCCCGCUUGAACUCGGUUCUGCAUGUGCCAGCAGCUGGGCCGGGCACCAUGCAGCUACUCCACCCAUCCUUCCGCGACUUCAUUUUGGAUCAGAGGAGAUGCACGAGUCUUCGUUUUCACAUCGAUGAGCGAUCGGUACAUCGUGAGAUGUACACACACUGCCUCCGGCUGAUAUCGAAGCACCUUCACCGCGAUAUCUGCAAUCUCCAGAAUCCAGGAGCUCUUGUAGCUGAAUUAAGCCAAAUCGACCUCGACAGAUACAUUGAGCCGCAUGUAAAGUACGCAUGCCGGUUUUGGGUGCACCAUUGCAUACGAAGCGACGUAGACGCAAGCAGCUGCUCCAAUAUUGAAGCCUUCUUCCACAAACAUUUCCUUUGGUGGCUUGAGACGCUUUCCCUACUUGGCUAUGGCUCUAACGCAGUUCAUAUGAUUCAAAUGCUAGAUGACGUGUUUUCAAACAGGCAUGAAGUAGAUGGUCAGAUAAUAUUGAAGCUUCGAGAGAAGAUCAAGACUUUCAAGACAAGCGUAAGCCUUGGGGCCAACAGCGUUGCAGGGCCUGCUAGCAGCACCACCCGCCCAAGUCUACGUGCUGUAGUUAACGAUGCCGCACGUUUUGCCUUGGCUUUCAGGCCAAUGCUUGAAGAAGCGCCUCUUCAGUUAUACUAUGCUGGUCUACUAUUUAGUCCGAAAGCAAGCAUAAUUAGAGAACUAUUCUCGAGCGAGGCUCCGCCUUGGCUUCUUCCUUGCCUACACAUGGGAGAGAUUUGGAGCCCAUGUUUGCAGACGCUCAAGGACCAUGCGUAUACGGUCAGUGCUGUAGCAUUCUCGCCCGAUAGGAAGACGCUGGCGUCAUGUCGCAACGCAGUGAAGCUGUGGGACGCUAGCUCAGGGAAGGUGCUGCAGACGCUAAAGAGUUGUCCGAGAUGCCUAAUUACCGUUGCAGCUUUCUCGCUAGAUAGCAAGACACUAGCGCUAGGAGAUAGUAGUGGGACAGUGCAACUAUGGGACGUUGGCACGGGAAAGGUACUGCAGAAUCUACACAACACCCGUUCGGGUCGGGUUGGUGCUGUAGCCUUCUCGCUAGACAGCAACACGCUAGCGUGGGGAUUUGGGGAUGGGACAAUAGAGACUAGAGGUAUUCACUCAAGCGCACAGCAGAAACUCAAGGGCCAUGCAGGCCCAGUUAGUGCUCUUGCCUUCUCACCAAAUGGUAAGACGCUAGUGUCUGGAUCUGUGCACAGCAAAUUGAAGCUGUGGGAUGUUGACUCUGGGGAAGUGCUUCUCAAGCUAUACCAUCGCAAUGACGGUCAGGUUAAUGCUCUAGCCUUCUCACCCGAUGGUAAGACGCUGGCAUCAGGAUUCUGGACAGGAUUUAUAAAGACGUGGGACACUGGCUCAGGGAGGUUGCUGCAGACACUCUCGAGCCAUUUCAGUUCAGCCGACCGGGGUCGUGUCCAAAGCCGCGGCUGGGUAGGCGCAGGACCCCGACUACGGGUUUCAGUCAAUGCUUUAGCCUUCUCGCCAGACAGCAAGAUGCUGGCGUCAGGAUCUGAUGACAAGACAGCGAAGUUGUGGAACGCUAGCUCAGGGAAGGUGCUGCAGACACUGAAGGGCCAUUCAGGACCAGUCAACACUGUAGCCUUCUCACCAGACAGCAAGACGCUAGCGUCAGGAUCUGAUGACACGGCCGUAAAGUUGUGGGACGCCGGCUCAAGGAAGGCGCCGCAGACGCCUCAAGGUCACUCAGGUCUGGUCAAUGCUUUAGCCUUCUCGCCAAACAGCAAGUUGCUAGCAUCAGGGUCUAGAGAUGAAAAAGUAAAGCUGUGGGACACCAGCUCAGGAAAGGUACUGCGGACGCUCAAGGGCCAUUCAGGUUCAGUUAAUGCUCUAGCCUUCUCACCAGACAGCACAACGCUAGUGUCAUGUGAUACGACAUUAAUGCUGUGGGAUGUCGGCUCAGGGAAGAUGCUGCAUUCAACGAGGCCUUCUCUGCCUCCCAUUACUGCUGUGGCCUUCUCGCCGGACGGCAGGACACUGGCGUGGUGUCGGCAUGCCGAUCUGGUGAAUCUGUGGGACGUCAGAUCAUGGACGACACUGAAAACGCUUAAGAGCUAUUCAGCUUCUAUCAGUGCUCUAGCCUUCUCACCAGAUAGCAAGACACUAGCGUGCGGAUCUAGGAACGAGACUGUAGAACUGUGGGAUAUCAGUUUAGGAAAGGUGCUGCAGACACUCCAGGGCCAUUUGAGUCAGAUGGUCAACGUACUCUGGCCUCAAUUGACUUCCCCGUUAUCGCUGAGCGUCGAGGGCGAUUGGAUCUGUCGGAGUGAAAAAAGAGUGCUCUGGAUUCCUUCUGAAUAUCGAACGAGGAUGGUUGCUUUCCAUGACAACCUCGCUGGUUUUGCGCAUUCUUCUGGCCAUGUAUCAAUUUUGAGAUAUGUAGAUUGA